AGAGAGAGAAAGAGAGAGAGAGAGAGAGAUGGGUGUUUUUCCACGGAGCUGAGAUAGAGAGAGAGCCGUGGAGACAGGGAGAUGUGACGGUUCCAGGAGUCGCGGUGGAAUGAUCCGGAAAACAAGGUUUCUAGCCAUCCCUCCAAAUAACUCCCUGCACCUCCCCUCCCCGCACCUCCCUCCAAGGUCAUCAGUGACCAACUAAUUCAAUGUGGGAGAACAAACAGCGAUCUCACUGUGUAGAGUGCAGAGAGCCCCGGUGACACACCCUGGAAAUCACUCCGGGGAAGUGAGGGAUGAGAGGAAGAGGAAGACUGAACGUGUGAAAGAAUGAAGCAAUAGGAGAGAAAGCCCAAGAGCCAGAUGAACAAAUGAGAAGAGAUAGAGGUAUAUGAGUGAGGGGGGAGGAAUAAAAGAGAAGAGAAGGGGGGGGGAGGAGGAGAAAGGGGAUGAGGAGGAGAGGUGAAGAUCGCCGCCGACUCCAGGAUUCCUAUUCUCUGCCGACUGAACUGCUCCACAUGAAGAAAGAAGUUGAAAACGGCCAUGAGGAAAUCAUAUACAAAACGCCAUUAAUAGGAUUUAAAGCAAGUGGAUUCGUACAUUUUUUUCUCAAACUGAGGUCUCUAUAUAGGAAUACCACACCAGGAUUGAGCGAGUAAUUCGGGAUUUUCCAGGUUUUCUUCAUCUAUAGAAGCCUAAGAGGAUAUUGUGGGAUUGGAAUUUCUGCAACUCUCUGGUUUUCUGACACUGACCUACAUCCACCUCCUUUUGAUGUGCGUGGGGGGCGUGUGUGUGUGUGAAGGGGGAGUAGGACAGGUUUCAGCACAAACACACAAUCCAGCACCCCCCCUCUCCACUCCUCUCCCUCCCAGUGGCCCAACAUAAGGAGAAACACCUGGGGCGAGAUCAGUGCUAAACACUCACACACACGUACACACACACACACAUAAACCUGGAUAACAUGUGGAGCUGAUUCGGAUUAUAGAGCCGCACAGACGGAAAAGGUCUGUGGAUUUCCAGGCGUUCUACCAUGCCUGUCCCCCCACCCCUCAAUCCCAGCAGACAAAAACACCUGCCCCACACACACCUCCACCCCGAACAAAGGGCAGAACGUUCCAGCUCUCCCUCCCUCUUCCCUCCAUCCCUCGUCUCUCUUUCUCUGCUCCCCCCUCUCCUCGUCUCAUCUUUGUCCUCCUCAUCCCAUCUCGUCCACUGUGCUUGCCCCAGGGCCACCAAAAGAACCCUUCCUGACUCCGUCCCUUUCCCGGCGUUUCACUGGCUGAUUGUGGUCACAUGCUGCCUGCUGCCUUCUCUGAUUGGAGCAGGGGAGACGUGGGGCGUGGUCUCGGCCUGUCCCUUCCACUGCGUGUGUCGAAACCUUUCGGAGUCACUCAGCACGCUCUGCGCUGACAAGGGACUCCUGUUUGUCCCCCCACACGUUGACCGGCGCACCGUGGAGCUGCGACUGGCUGACAACUUCAUCACGGAAGUAGGCGGGAUUGACUUUGGCAACAUGUCUGGAUUGGUUGAUUUGACUCUGUCAAGGAACACCAUCCAUCUGAUCCGACCAAUGGCCUUUGCCGACCUGGAGAGUCUGCGCUCGCUGCAUUUGGAUGGUAAUCGCUUGACAAUACUGGGACCCAGGGACCUCGCAGGUUUGGUCAAUCUGCAGCACCUGAUCGUCAACAACAACCAGUUGGUCAAAGUCUCGGUUCAGGCCUUUGACGACUUUCUGCUCACAUUGGAAGACCUCGACAUGUCCUACAAUAACCUCAGGAGGGUGCCGUGGGAGUCCAUUCAAAACAUGGCCAGUCUGCACACUCUCAACCUGGAUCAUAAUCUGAUAGACCACAUAGCUGAAGGAGUCUUCGGGGAGCUGUACAAGCUUGCAAGGCUGGAUAUGACUUCCAACAGGCUGCGAACUCUGCCUCCUGAUCCCCUAUUUGCAAGGUCCCAGACUGGUGCAAUAAGUCCCACCCCCUACAAUGCCGUCAUAAGCUUAAAUUUCGGUGGGAAUCCUCUGCACUGCAAUUGUGAACUGCUAUGGUUACGGCGGCUUAUCCGUGGGGACGAUAUGGAGACAUGUGCCACACCUCCUCACCUGGCUGGAAGAUAUUUCUGGUCGAUUCCUGAAGAGGAGUUCACUUGUGAACCACCUCUCAUCACUCGCCACACUCACAAGCUGUGGGUGCUGGAGGGCCAGCGAGCCACACUAAAAUGCCGCUCCAUUGGCGACCCUGAGCCAGUUGUCCACUGGGUUUCACCAGAUGACCGCAUCAUUGCAAAUUCAUCCCGGACCAGCUCCUUCAGCAACGGGACCUUGGAUAUCUUAGUAACAGUUGCCCGGGACGAUGGGGCAUACACGUGUAUCGCAAUAAAUGCAGCGGGCGAAGCGACUGCCACUGUGGACCUGAAAAUAAUCCCCCUGCCUCACCGGGGCGGAGCAGGCGGAAACACAGGGAAUAACAACGUGAACACCAAAAACAACAGGAACGUGACCAAUGGGAUUUUACGGACCGAUCCGGGCUCCUCUGAUAUCAGCACUGGGAAAAACGGAGGGAUUAACAAUGGUGCAGGACGUGGAGGAGAGGUGGAGGAUGGGAGGAGAGCUGGAGAGGAGAACGAAGAGGGCGAUGGUAGCAGGGCCUCAGAGGGAGAGAGGGCCGAUGGAGGGAGCAUGGAGGACGAUGAGGGGGAUGAGGGGGAAGGAAGAAGGGUUGGAGUACAAGGGGUUACGUCAACCUCAGCUCAGGUCCGAUGGGAUUUGGGCCGUUUGUCUACAGUUUAUGCUGUCUGGAUGUAUCAGAUACAGUACAACUGCACCGCCGACGAGACCCUCAUCUACAGAAUUCUCCCGUCAACCAGUGACCGCUUCGUGCUGAAGAACUUGGUUUCCGGUGUGGACUAUAACCUGUGUGUGCUGGCCAUUUUUGAUGACACAAUCACGUCAUUAGCAGCAACGAAGGUCCUGGGCUGUGCCACCUUCUCCACAAAAGAUGUUUACCCAGCAUGCCGCUCUCUACAGGCACAUUUCCUGGGCGGGACACUCACCAUAUUGGUUGGCGGUGUUGUUGUCGUCACCCUUCUCGUGUUCACCGUGGCACUCAUGGUUCGCCACCGUGUUUGCAACCAUGGCGAUCACAUGAUAUGCCACAACAGCAACACUGAGGCAGGAGGCGGGGCCUGCUGUCAGAGUGGAGGUGUAGGGGGCGGGGACAAAGGGGGAAACAGUAGCGGGUGCUACCAAUCAAAUGGUUCCGGGGACAUGAUGAUGGUGGUCCUGCCCAAUGGCCUGCCAUCUAAGAGAGGAGGGGAGGGCAAGGAGAAGGACAAGGAGAAGGAGAGGGAGAAGGAGAAGGAGAAGGACAAAGAGAAGGAAGAAGCAGAUUCAGCUUCCUCUCUGCCUCCAAAACUCCCUCCGAAGCCCAGGGCCAAACCUAAAGUCAACCUGGAGCAGUUUCUUUCAGCUGGUGGGGUUGUUUCGACGACGACGACAGGGGCAGGAGGGGAGAUGGCGUUGGUGGUGAGACAAAGGAAGCUGGACAAGGCCCCGCCAUACAGCCCAGACAGUGACAGAACUCCCCUCUACUACUCCCCUUCCCCUUCAUCCACCCUGCCCCGUCAGUCACACUUCAGGGACCGCCCAAAACCCCGUCUGGAGCGAGAACUGGCCAAUCGUGCCAGUUUCUCUCUGGCUGCACCCCUGAGGGACUCAGAGCUGUUGGACUGGAGAAUCAGUCCCCGAGGCAGGGACAAAUGGAACUCCUCACAGGCCUAUCAGAGCCCUCUAUCCCCUCUAAGCCCUGCUUGCGGGACUGUUAGCAAACGGCGGCACUCGCUGGAUAUGGGCUCCUCUGUUGCCCUAGCGACUGAUGCAGCCGCUACUGUUGCCAAGCGCUAUGGUGCUGUCAAUUAUGCCAAGCGGCUGAGCGUGAUCUGGACAAGACGGAGCCAGUCUCUCCAUGGAAUGCUGGUGCAGUGCGCCUCAACGACUAGCACAACUUCUUCGACAGCCAGCGAUGAGGAAAGUGCCGGGGGCUUUGGGGCGCGCUGUGAGUUCCAACAGGGAUAUAUCCACGCUUAUAACACCACCAACUCCAAUUCUAACACUGGGAUCACUGUGGGGAAAGUGAGCAGUGCAAAAGACAAGGGGAGGCAAACAGGGAAGGAUGGAAGGAGUGCUGAAGAACUGGAGGAAAGUGUUGUGUAGGGGGUUGACUGUAAUAAAAAAAAAAGUUAAGAGGGGUAAAGGCUCUGUGAGCAAGUUUGAAUGGGAUCUUGAUUGGAGGAGGGCAAAGAGGUGAAGUCAGGGGAGAGAUUGUGGGUGAAGGACACGGAAGAUGAAGUGAUUGCAGACGAGGAGGGGAAGGUUGUGAGUUUAGAUGAAGGGAGAAGAGUAAAAUUGGUUUGAGUCUCACUUGUGCAGCCCCUUGAUUUGCCCUGGGAGAAGUGAGGAAAAAAAGAGGGGAAAGUGAACCUGGAAGUGAGGUGAAGACUUUUAAGAGGCUGAAGAGUGAUGGGCAGAAAAAUAAGUGGGGAAAGAUGCAACAGAAGGAGAGGGAGAGUGGGAAACAUAAUGACUGAGUGGUUAAAAAUGGUCUUUAAAUGCUCAAAGCUGGGCUCAAGCUGUAUCCGUUAAAAUUAAGUGAUACAAGACUUUUAAAAAAAUAGAAAAAAAGAAGGAACACAAAAACAAAACUCGAGAAAUCUAGACAAAGAGAGUGACAGUUGUAGGAACAGACAAUGUGAGUGAUAUAUAUAGCCACAGAGGGAGAGACAUAAUCAAACAGGGGAACACAUCAAUAGAGCAGCAGAACAAAGGUUAUAUAGCAGAGGCAGAGAUGGCGUGAGCCUAGCUUGGAUCUCACUAAAGCCUAUACACUGAUAGAACCAGACUCUCGCUAACACUUCAACUCUCCAGGGCCUCAGACCCCCACACCACCACCAGGGUUUUCACUGGAUCAAAAACAACAACAACAACACAACUGGUAAUACUGGAGAAACACUCUUCUGUGACAAAAACAUGACCCUAAAAGAAGAUUUGAAUGACACAGUCCUGCUUUGUUAUCUCUGUUUUUUUUUGGUUUCGUUUUUUACUCCAACAAUGACGGCCAUUUUGAAACUCUUCUCCCAAACACAAUGAAUGUGACUUUUAUGUGUCCUCUGUGGCUGGACAAUGAUUUUGGCUUGCCGUGCCUGCGGAUUAUGGGAGCAUAAAUACAGGGCCGGGUGCAUUGGACAUGAUCAAUCGAUACUGGCUGGAAAGAGCGAGUGCAGCACAGACAUUAUUAAAAGAAAGACAUCGGGAUUACAAUGGAGUCGAUAUGGAUUACAAAAUACAGGAGAGAGGGGUGCACGAUGGAACAUGUGCGCCUGUGCAUUCUGAAAGACAAGAUCAUAUUGGAUGUCGGAUCAUAAUGGACCAAAUAAAUGAACAAUGCUAAUGGAUGCACAAAUGUGCAUGCAUUGACGGAUCAGGGACAGGAUGUGUGUAAGUGUGCCUGUGUGUGUUUGUGUGCGCACAUGUAUAUGAAUGUUUGUGAGGAGGCAAUCCAGUAAACUACAUCCGUGUUUAAUAAGGUUUAGCGCUUUCUGGACAUGCUGUAAAAUGGAAUAAAUGUACAAAUUUAGGAUUAUUGGCGGGAGCAACGUAUGAGCAAAGUGUUUUAAAGAGACUUUCACCAAAACCACUUUUUCCAGCAAUGUAGCAUGGUCAGAAAGCAGCAAAUGUUAAAGGGGAAUUUCAAAUUCAUUUUUGUGACUUCAGACUUCUUUGUGCCACAUGGAUUCACUUUCAAUCCAAACAGUGAAUGUUUUCAGAAAGGAAGCAGAUAUGAAAAAGAAAAAAAAGCCACCUACAAUAUAAACUCUUCAAGACUUUGUAAAACUUAUUAUGGGACGAUUGAUCCAAUGGCACAGACCACAGACUCUCAAAAACGUCUAUCAAAGAGAAAAAAAAUGAAAAGAGAAAACUUGAAAGUACAUAUAUAUAUAGUAUAUAUAUAAAAUGAUGUUACUUGUCGCACCAUGUGUUUCUGUUUUUCAAAGUUUUCUGGGGAAUGAUGUUAGGAUCAAAUACAAAAUAUAAAAUGUGUGAUUUUUUGUUUUAGACAAAAAAUCGUCAUGAUUACAACAAAAAAAUGGUGAUUAUAACUAGGCAGAAAAAGAUCAAAACAGAUGUUGAAGAUGCACACACACACACAGCACAAAACACACAAACUGGCAAGCACACACACUCCAAAAGACAGACACACUCAAACAGAUGCCUAUAAAACAGAGCCAACUACAUUAAUAAUGAUGACUUUAACCAUUACUGUUGUUUCCUUUCUGUUUUUAUUUCAUUUUGCCAAAGUCAAUAUUGUUCUCUGGACUUGAUAUAAAUAAUAAAAAUUACAUGUAUGGAA